UGAGAAUUCCCUUUGGAGUCGGAAACGGCGACCCAUGCGACAAUGCGAUCGCUUCUAGAUUUUGCCGGCCUCCUUUGCACGGCAAUACUCAUUUUUCGACCAGGGGUAUUUGCUUUAUCAGACCACUCACCGACCUUCGGAAGCAAUGGUUUCGCAAAUUGGGGUUCGGCAACAUGGCCACUGUCCAGCGUAGGAGUACCACUCGUCCCGCAAACAACAGACCAUGAAACUCUCGAACUAUUGAAACAAAUAGACUCGAAACGAAUCCAAUCAGCAAUACAAACACUUGUUAAUUUUGGCACACGGCAUACAGCUUCAGACACCACGAGUCCUACUCGGGGCAUCGGAGCAGCACGAAAAUGGCUAUUAAGUGAGAUGACCGGGCUGGCGAAACCGUCGAAUGGAGCCAUGAAUGUUUCCAUGCCGUGUUAUUUUCAGGCAGCUCAACCGAGUUCUGGGAUGCCAAUUGGGGCGGACGUGUGUAAUGUGCAGGUUGAGAUCAAAGGUGCUGUAGACCCGAAUAGGACUUAUGUUUAUACCGGGCAUUACGACUCGAGGAGGUUGAAUAAUAGCAACAACAUGGACGACGCCCCAGGGGCUGAUGAUAAUGCUUCUGCAGUGUCUAUUGCUUUAGAACUUGUUCGCAUUCUUGCUCCCAUUGUUGCAAAGAACCCGCCUGCUGCCAGUAUCAUCAUUGCAGCUGUUUCAGGUGAAGAGCAAGGAUUGUAUGGCAGUAACUUUCUCGCUCAAACGCUGAAAAAUGCCUCAGUCAACGUGCAAGGAAACUUCAACGACGAUAUUGUAGGAAGUGGUUCGAACGCCCCCUUCGACCCUCAGAACCAGCACACCGUCCGAAUUUUCGGCGCCGGAACAGACUAUUUGACUCUCCCAGCCCGCAUCAUCACAGAAAUCAUCGCAACGGGCUAUCAAGAUGACACUCCAGCUCGCCAUCUAGGACGUUACGUCCAAGAACUCAACGCAGGUGCCGCAUUUGUGACUGAUAUGGAUGUAGCACUCAUCUACAAGCCCGACCGUUUCCACCGCGGAGGCGACCACGAAUCCUUCCCCAAAGCUGGAUUUCCAGGCAUCAGAUUCACGGAACCGCAGGAGGAUUUCUAUCAUCAGCAUCAGGAUCCGAGGACUCAGGAUGGUGUUAUUUACGGCGAUGAGAUUGAAUAUGUAGACUUCGACUACACCGCGAGAGUGGGGAGAGUGAAUCUACUCAGUCUUUGGAGUAUUGCGAAUGCGCCUGCUACCCCGUCGAAUUUCACGUAUGAUGUGAAUAUUGGGUUCCUGGCGAGCAGCCUGACGACUCCCGCUGAUUAUCUUGAUAAUAUUAUCAAGCUUUAUUGGAAUACGAAUCCAGUUGAUCCGUUGCUGGAUUAUUAUGAGAUUGUGUGGCGGCCGAUGUCUAGUCAACAGUGGACACAUAUGGUAAAUGUUGGGACUCAAAACACGACUCGCCUUCCGAUCAGUAAGGACAACGCGGUAUUUGGAUUGAGGGCGGUAGGCAAGAAUGGGAAGAAGAGUCCAGCUACCUAUGCGUUGGCAGUGGAGUCCGAGUACUUCGGUUCUUAAUUCAGGGACAAAGGGGGAAAACAAAGCGAACAGCAGGGAAGGAAACUUAGGAAACAAUGAUAUUGUUCCUUUGUGGAUUUAAAAGGGCGAGGAACAUAGCAGAUAGAACAGUAUAUAACAAUAAAUUAUCAACCUUCCG